CAGAAAUCAGAUGGACGGGGCCAGCGUGCGUGGGUAUUUAAAGCUUUGUCCCUUUGUUAGAGAGCCUGUUUUCCAGCUGAUCGGACUCAGGAGCAGGAGAAGGACCAACUGUGACAGCCACCAUCUUUCGUUCUUUCUUUUUUUGUUUUUGCUCUUGUGUGCAAUCAAAGAGCAGCACUUUCUUCCCCCCCGCCCCCUCUUGUUCUUUUGGAAAUAAGGCAUUUCUUUUAUAAAUGUCUUUUUCUUGCCACCAGUCUCUCGAUGGCAGUUUUCCUCCGUCCCCAGCGGAGCGCCGGAGGGCCCAGAGGCUGUCCUGGAGCAACCUGCUGCAGAAGCUGACUGAGCUGAAGAGGCUCAAUCAGAGGCCCUCAGCAGACCAGUACUGCAGGAGUGAAACCGGAUCUGUGGCAGACCUGUCCAUGUCGGAGUCCGACUGCAGCUUCUUCUGUUACCCCCUCGAGGAGACCUUGGCUGCAGAGGUGGUGGGCACAAUCACACAAAGCCUUAACAAUGCGUCACCCAUCCUGUGCUGCUCCAAACUUAUUCUACCUGACCAUCUAAUGUACAACAUCAGCCGAGAGCUGCUCCAUCUGGCCGUCAAUGAGCCCUGCGGACUGAGGGGGGCAAUGAUCGACCUGUGUGUGGAAAGGGGGGAUCAGGGCUCGUUGUGCACUGUGGAUCAAAUAGCAGUGGAUGCCAGCCUGGUCCCGACCUUCCAUGUGACCCUGGUGCUGAGGCUCGAGUCCGGAGGACUGUGGCCCAGGGUGCAGAAACUCUUCAAAGGUGGAAAGCCUCCGUCGGCAAUGUCUCCGAGGCACCACAAAACCCUGAGGCUGAGCAGGAGUUUCAGGGCCAUCAAGAGGAAACUGUACAGCUCUGGAGAGCUGCUGAUUGAAGAAUGCUGCUAACUCAAGAGCACUAAAGUGCUGACAUCACUGACAUCAAGGUCCUUAAACAAUUGUAAUAUGUAGUAAAUCGAAGGACCAAACUAUCUCAUGGCAGCUACUCACCUGAUUGCAGGUGUCUGAACACAAGUCCUUUUUCUUUUAUAUGAUUGUGUGGAUUUCCACUUUUUUAGGGAAUGUGUCAACGAAUCUUACAUAUUACCAGCCUGAAACUGUUUUUUACCUUAAAAGAUUGUGAGAGAAUAAACUAUUUUCUAUUA